CAUUUGUUUAAGCAAACUUUUAACGAAAAUAUGGAUAAUUAAUUUCGCAAACUUUUUCCUUGAUACAACAUAAUAUAAUAUAUGCAUUUCAUGUCAAAAAUUCCUCUCUUCUUUUUUUCUUUUUUUUUUUAAAAUAGAAAACAACAAGAAGAUAAAUGUACAUCACUGAAAACGAUUUGUUUUUCUCCCUCGUCCUAUGCCUUGUCAGUCCUUAACUGUGCUCCAUUUGCUCGCCUAAUCUGUUGGUCAAAGCCGACUACACGACUGGCACUUUGUAAGCCCUUAUUCUCCAUAUCCUUCGCUACAUUUAAGUGGUUUCAUUGAAGACCCAAGUGGGAUAGUUGGAGGUUCCACUAGUCCUGUGCCCGCAAAUUGUUCGACCAAAUGCUCAGCAGGAGCUCUUGCAUGUUUUCUACCACCCGUGAGACCCUUCCUUGGUCUUCAUCCACAUAUCCCAUCUCACAGAGUAGUAGUCCCAGUACAGCUGCUUCUGAAAUACCUUCUUCAAGUCUUGGAAGAAGAGGGAAAAGAGUUGUUUUCAUGGCUGUUCGUAUUAACAGAAUUAACCACAGAAAACUCCCAAAGAACCUCAGAAAUCCUCGACGACCCAAGCUUCCACCAGACAUGGACUAUAGCUUCAAAAGGGUCUUCAUCGAGGAUGCUGACGAGAUUACUCAGCAGCCAACUAUUGAUACUUCCACUGCUGCUGAUGAGGAAAUUGAUGAGGAUUUGGAAGUGGAAGUAGAAGAGACUAUAUGGGAGUCGGAUGAGAUGGAAGCAAUUUCAUCUCUUUUCAAAGGGAGGAUUCCUCAGAAGCCUGGAAAAUUGAAUAGAGAAAGGCCUCUGCCUCUGCCCCUUCCUUACAAGAUUCGACCUUUAGGACUUCCUACACCAAAGAGAUUCUCAAAUGUUUCAAGGCAAUCCAUAUCAAAGCAAGUGUACAAGAAUCCAACUUUCUUGAUUGGUUUGGCCAAAGAAAUUCAGGGCCUUUCAAAAGAGGAAAAUGUAUCAAAGGUUCUAAGUAAGUGGGGUCCCUUUCUUCGAAAAGGAUCAUUAUCAUUGACAAUCAGAGAGUUGGGUUACUUGGGACUUCCUGAGAGAGCUCUACAAACAUUCUGUUGGAUGAAGAAACAACCCCAUCUUUUCCCGGAUGAUCAUGUUCUCGCUUCUACCAUUGAAGUCUUGGCGGGGUCAAACGAGCUAAAAGUGCCUUUUGAUUUGGAUAAGUUCACUGGCUUGGCCAGUCGGAGUGUGUAUGAAGCAAUGUUAAGGGGUUUUAUCAAAGGAGGAAGCCUGAAACUUGCUUUGAAGCUUCUCUCAAUAGCUAAGGGAUGUAACAGAGUGCUUGGUACUGGGGUGUAUGCUAAGCUAAUAUUGGAGCUUGGUAAGGAUCCUGAUAAAAGCACACUUGUCUUGGCAUUGUUAGAAGAGCUUGCUGCGAGAGAUGAUCUGGAUUUGACACCACAAGACUGUACAGCUAUCAUGAAAAUUUGCAUUAGGCUAGGAAGAUUCGAGAUUGUGGAGGGAUUAUAUGAUUGGUUCAGGAAAUCUGGUGGCAAUCCAAAUGUAGUUAUGUAUACUACUCUAAUUCACUGUCGUUAUUCGGCUAACAAAUAUAGGGAGGCGUUAGCCAUGCUAUGGGAAAUGGAGGCUUCAAAUUGCCUUUUUGAUCUUCCAGCUUAUCGUGUAGUGAUUAAGCUCUUUGUUGCUUUGAACGAUGUCUCACGGGCUGUACGCUAUUUCUCUAAACUUAAGGAAGCAGGUUUUGGUCCAACAUUUGAUAUAUACUGCAGCUUGGUUAAAAUUUAUAUGGCUUCUGGAAGGAUGGCCAAGUGUGAAGAUAUCCGUAAGGAGGCAGAGAUGGCUGGAUUCAGGUUGGACGAACAUAGAAUGUCAAAGUUGCAACAGUAAAAUUUGUGUAUCUUGCGGUGUUUUUUACUUGUACUUUAGAGUUCCUGCUGUUUAAAGUCACACCUUUAUCCCACCCCUCUACUCACUUGCAUAGUUAAAGCAUUGUAACUGGUGGCAACCAUAGGUUCUUGUAAUAUUUUCUUUUCCACCUUAGGUCUGAAUAAUGCUAAUUUUGCAAUAGAAUUUUUCUUGAAAAGUGUAUUUGCUUUAGG